UGCAAAGUAGCUGAGCCCCACUAGGCGCAACGGACUUCGCGGCCAAAGUGCAGCCGUCAUCUUUUGACGGCAUGCUUCUCGCGGUUUUCAUUCUCUUACACGGUUCUGCCUGCACUCCGUCUUCACCGUUCUAUAUGCGCAGGUGCACCUAAAACCGCGUAACCUACGUCUCUUCGCGGCUACCAACCAUGGCGACACAUCCCCAAGAUCGGGAGUCUCAAAACGAAGAUUCCGCCCAAACAGCAGACAAUCAACACAACCAACAAUCGCAAGUUCGGUUUAAGUCAACCAUUGAAGAAAUCGCUCCCGACAAUGUCACUUCAACGAGUUUUCCGCUGGCCGGCGGUGCCACCCUUGGGAGUCCUAGCGAAGUGACACCUGAGGAUAUCCGAAAGCUUUCCAACAGAUUGAGGGUUUGUCCGCUUCAAGAGCGCAGGAUGAACAUCUUCUCGUACGAACCAGUUUCGCUGCCUCCGUCCAGGACGGCCUCCCACGAUGAAGAGUCUAGAGAACCAAGUCGACAACCUACCCAAGGCUCGACGACACAUGGCUCGCCGCACCUAAGCGCCAGCCAUCGAAGCCCUGACGUACAUUCGCCGCCGCUCACGCCAGCCCGGACGGACACCGCUGAAGGGGGAUCAAAACGAGAGCCUUCGGGCAGACCUGAGCGGCUGGGCCGGGGCCCCGAUAUAAUCACUCCUCAGGACUCGGCCCUUGAGCCGCCAUCGCCAGGUUCUUCCCGCUUAUCGGUCCCUCACCAGGCCAUGCCAGAGCAUGAAAGAGCUUCACGACGACCGGCGACUUCUGACGGAAGAGAAAACACACAGACAACUCUUGGAGGCCAUCGUAAGGGCUUGUUUUCUGUUGGCGCCGGAAGCGGCCCCAGCUCUCCUGCAAGUUCGGCUCCACCGUCCCGCGAUAGUAGUCCUGCGCGGGCGGCAGCUGCUUCGCUAUUCUAUUCCCGCCAAGCCCCGCCGCCGGGAGAGUUGGAUGACCCAUACGCCGCGAGCAAGCGACAGGCACAAAAGGGCAUCGAAUCCCGUUUCGUCUUCUCCAAGAAGAAGAAACCAGGUUCUUCCCCUAGCUCCUCAACACUCAGUCUACCAAGAAUGCUAGGGGACAAACGACAGUCGGACGAGGGCAUUGCCCAUAGCAGGAACAGCUCGAUGGUCGACCUAAAACGGUUUUUCAAACUGAGUCCCAGCCACAAGGCAAAGCGGACGGCAUCACCAGCGUCCUCUGUUCGAUCCGGUGCCAAGACUCCACCGAGUUCCAAAUCGGCGCAGAUCCCCUUCGGUGACGAUCAUGGUCUCUCAUCCAAGUACGGAAAGCUUGGAAAAGUGCUGGGUGCCGGCGCUGGCGGUUCGGUGAGGCUUAUGAAGCGCGCGGAAGACGGUGUGAUCUUCGCCGUUAAGGAAUUUCGGCCUCGGCACUCGUACGAGACAGAGCGCGAGUAUGUGAAGAAAUUGACGGCCGAGUACUGCAUGGGCUCUUCACUUCACCAUGGCAACAUCAUCGAAACACUUGAUAUAGUCCAAGAGAAGGGGAAAUGGUACGAAGUGAUGGAGUAUGCUCCCUAUGAUUUGUUCGCCAUUGUUAUGAGGGGCAAGAUGUCUCGGGAGGAGAUCAGCUGCUGCUUUUUACAGAUCCUCAGCGGUGUCACUUACCUCCACAGCAUGGGCCUGGCGCACCGCGAUCUUAAGCUCGACAAUGUGGUGGUUAGCGAACGCGGCAUCAUGAAGAUCAUCGAUUUUGGUAGUGCCCACGUGUUCAAAUACCCCUUCGAGUCUGGCAUUGUUCUAGCAUCUGGUAUCGUUGGCUCUGACCCGUAUCUCGCGCCCGAGGUGUACGACGAGAAGAAGUACGAUCCGCAGGCGGUCGAUAUCUGGUCAUUGGCCAUCAUCUACUGUUGCAUGACGCUUCGAAGGUUCCCAUGGAAGUUGCCUAGGCUAUCCGACAACUCCUUCAAACUGUUCGCCGCAGACCCAACGCCGGGGCACGACCCCAAGAAGCUUCUGCUUCCGCCUGCCCGUUCCGAGACGGCGUUGAACGAAAUUCCCGCGCGGGAUUUCGACCCGCAAGCUCUCCGCGACGAAGCUAACGCAGCAGUGAAGCACGACGAGCCGAGCAAGGCCGAGCGGCCUUCUACAACAGCAACCACCACCGGCAAGGACGGCAACUCUCAGAGCCAACCAUCCGAAAAGAAGGAGGUGAUUCGCGGCCCCUGGCGCAUCCUCAGGUUACUUCCUAGAGAGAGCCGGCACGUCAUUGGGCGCAUGCUAGAAUUAGAUCCCAAGAAACGAGCGACCAUGGACGAGAUCUUGGAUGAUCCGUGGGUGGCCAACACGGUCAUUUGCCGACAGGGAGGGGGGGAGGUGUUCAACGCCGACGACCACACGCACGUACUGGAGCCUCCUGCGACACCUGCAAAGUCCUAGAGCGACGCUGAACUCGGGAUGUGGGAGUCUGCAGAGGAGGCAG